AUGUGCACACCUGAGGGCAAGCCCAAGCCUGGGGACCUGAUUGAGAUUUUCCGAAUUGGCUACCAGCACUGGGCCCUCUAUGUGGGCGAUGGCUGUGUGAUCCACCUGGCUCCCCCAGAUGGGUUCUCUGGGGCUGGCUCCCCCAGCGUCCUCUCCGUCCUGAGCAGCAGAGGGAUGGUGAAAAAGCAGCGCCUGAAGGAUGUAGUGGGGGACUGCCCCUAUCAGGUCAACAACCACUUGGACCAGGAGUACACACCGCUGCCGGUGAACAAGAUCAUCAGGUCUGCGGAGAAGAUGGUUGGCAAGCAGUUGGCGUAUGAUGUUCUGGACAGAAACUGUGAGCACUUUGUCACGGACCUGAGAUACGGCAAGGCCCGCAGCCGGCAGGCAGAAAAAUCCAUAAUCACAGUAGUUAUGUUCGGAGCCUUGACUGUGGCUGCCUACAUUUUCAUGCACAUGUUAUCCCGGCACCAGUGA